GGAGGAGCUCGGCACUGGCUGCCGUGCUGGGGUCGCGGCGCACGGACGGAGCCGGGCAGCGCUGCCGUCGGCCCCGCAGCAGCAGCAGCAGCAGCAGGAGGAGGAGGUGGAGGAGGAGGAGGAGCCGCCGGAGCCGCCUCCCGACGCCGCCGAGCGCGGGGAGCCGCCGCAGCCGCUGCCCCGGGCGGCUCAUGAGCGCCGGGCUGCGGCGCCGCCGCUGCCUGCCGCCGCUCCGCGAGUGAAUGAACCUGUCCCGGCCGGCGACGGCGGCUUCGCCUCGGGCUGCGGCACCGACCUCCCCCCGCACAAAAUGGACGGUUUCGCCGGGAGUUUGGAUGACAGCAUCUCAGCUGCGAGCACGUCUGAUGUCCAGGACCGUCUUUCGGCCCUGGAGCUGAGAGUACAGCAACAAGAAGAUGAAAUCACUGUGCUAAAAGCAGCACUGGCUGAUGUGCUAAGGCGGCUUGCUAUCUCUGAAGACCAUGUAGCUUCUGUGAGAAAAUCAACACCCAGUAAAGGUCAGACAAGCCUCCGAGAAGCUAUCUCAAUGUCCUGUAUAACAAAUGGGAGUACAGGAAGCAGGAAAACAAGCCACAGUUCCUCUGUUUCUGUUGCCAGAAAAGAAACUCUUUCAUCUGCUGCAAAAAGUGGUACAGAAAAAAAGAAGGAAAAACCUCCAGGACAGAAAGAAAAAAAAGAGGAAUCUCAUUCUAAUGAUCAAAGUCCACAAACUCAAGCAUCACCUUCUCCCCAGCCCUCCUCACAGACUCUCCAAACACACAGGCAAACUCAAGAAAGCAAGAGUUCUGCUCCAGCUAAAAGCAUAAAGAAAUCCUUGACUGCUGAAAAACAUCACAGUGCUUGGGAGAGUUCAGAUGACAGUCGUAACAAGCUGCUGAGAGUAGCAUCAACAUCUAAAUUAAUAUCAAAAGUGGCAAAGAAUGCAGACAAGCACAAAGAUGUCAUCAUCAGCCAAGCAAAAAUGUCAACUCGUGAAAAAAACAGCCAAGAGGGAGAGUAUAUCAAGAUGUUCAUGCGGGGUCGACCAAUCACAAUGUUCAUUCCUUCUGACGUAGAAAACUAUGAUGAUAUUAGGACAGAGCUGCCUCCUGAGAAGUUAAAACUGGAGUGGGUAUAUGGGUAUCGUGGAAGAGACUGUCGAGCCAAUGUUUACCUCCUUCCUACGGGAGAAAUUGUAUAUUUCAUAGCAUCAGUGGUGGUACUAUUUAACUAUGAGGAGAGAACUCAACGACACUACUUGGGUCAUACAGACUGUGUUAAAUGUCUUGCAGUUCAUCCAGACAAAAUUAGAAUUGCAACAGGACAGUUAGCUGGAGUGGAUAAAGAUGGAAGGCCUCUGCAGCCCCAUGUUAGAGUAUGGGACUCGGUGAGCCUGGUGACGCUGCAGGUUAUCGGCCUCGGGACUUUUGAGCGUGGAGUGGGGUGUUUGGAUUUCUCAAAAGCGGAUUCUGGUACUCAUUUGUGUGUAAUUGAUGACUCAAAUGAGCAUAUGCUCACUGUGUGGGAUUGGCAGAGGAAAUCAAAAAUAGCAGAAAUAAAGACUACAAAUGAAGUUGUUCUUGCUGUAGAAUUCCAUCCGACUGAUGCAAAUACCAUAAUAACAUGUGGCAAAUCUCAUAUAUUUUUCUGGACCUGGAGUGGCAAUUCAUUAUCAAGGAAGCAAGGGAUAUUUGGGAAAUAUGAAAAACCCAAAUUUGUUCAGUGUUUGGCUUUUUUGGGAAAUGGUGAUGUGCUCACUGGAGACUCAGGUGGGAUAAUACUUAUAUGGGGCAAAACUACUGUAGAAUCUACUCCAGGAAAAGGACCUAAAGGAGUAUAUCAGAUAAGCAGACAAAUCAAAGCUCACGAUGGCAGCGUGUUCACGCUCUGUCAAAUGAGGAAUGGGAUGCUACUAACUGGAGGUGGGAAAGACCGAAAGAUCAUCCUGUGGGAUCAUGAUUUGAAUCCCGAAAGGGAAAUUGAGGUUCCUGACCAGUAUGGAACAAUCAGAGCAGUAGCGGAAGGAAAAGCAGAUCAAUUUUUAGUGGGUACUUCACGAAACUUUGUUUUGAGGGCAACAUUCAACGAUGGUUUCCUGGUAGAGGUACAGGGACAUACAGAUGAGCUCUGGGGACUGGCAUCCCAUCCUUUCAAAGACUUAUUUUUAACAUGUGCCCAAGAUAGGCAAGUUUGUAUGUGGAACUCUGUGGACCACACACUGGAAUGGACCAGGCUGCUAGACGAACCGGGGCACUGUGCUGACUUCCAUCCCAGUGGAGCGGUGGUCGCCAUUGGAACGCACUCGGGCAGGUGGUUUGUCUUGGAUGCGGAAACAAGGGAUCUGGUUUCCAUACACACUGAUGGCAACGAACAGCUCUCAGUGAUGCGCUACUCAGUAGAUGGCACCUUACUUGCAGUUGGAUCCCAUGACAACUUUAUUUACCUCUACGUAGUAACAGAAAAUGGAAGAAAGUAUAGCAGAUACGGAAAAUGCACUGGACAUUCCAGCUAUAUUACACACCUUGACUGGUGCCCAGACAACAAGUAUAUAAUGUCAAACUCAGGAGACUAUGAAAUACUAUACUGGGACAUUCCAAGUGGCUGUAAGCUUAUCAGGAAUCGUUCUGACUGUAAGGAUAUAGAUUGGACAACAUACACUUGUGUGCUAGGCUUCCAGGUCUUUGGGGUUUGGCCUGAAGGAUCGGAUGGGACAGACAUAAAUGCUCUUGUCAGAUCCCAUAACCGAAAGGUGAUAGCAGUUGCUGAUGAUUUUUGUAAGGUCCAUCUCUUUCAGUAUCCCUGUUCCAAGCCAAAGGCUCCAAGUCACAAAUACAGCGCUCACAGUAGCCAUGUGACAAACGUCAGCUUCACCCAUCGCGAUGGUCACUUGAUUUCAACUGGAGGGAAAGACAUGAGUAUUAUUCAAUGGAAACUUGUGGAGAAGGUAACUCUACCACAAAAUGACAUUGUUGUAGACAUCGGUGCCACCAAAGUGCCCAUCCCUGCCAGUGAAAACGCUGUACAGUCUCCUGCACCUCUCCCACAGCCUUUUAACGAAAUGAACCAAAACGAAAGUGUAACUGGCAGCUCUCCGGCUUCUUUGGAGAGCAACUUGGAGCAGUCUGCGGAGGCCAGCGAAGAGCAGAGCGAGGAGCAGAGCGAGGGGAGCAGCCUGGAUCCCGCCGAGCCAGGCUAUGAGGAGCCCUCCAACGAGAUGAGUGAGGAGCACAGCGAGUCCACGGUCACUGAAGAGCAGCAAGAGAACUCACCGGUGUCUUAAUGCUCUCAGCUCAGGCGGUUCUUAUUUUCCCUUGGUGUGCGUGCUUUCAUUACAGGGUGAGGGUUCAAAUAAGGAAAAGUAGCUGAGAUUCAUGACCACUCCAGCUUUUGAGUUUCAGUGAGAUUUUUAGUCUGAGCUUCAGUUCAAUGUGUGGAACCAUCCCAAGGGCCUGGUUUGAUGGUCUCUGUCAAGAUCUGGUCACAGUUAGUAGUGGACAUUACCAUAGAUCCAUUUCAGUUCUGAAAUUGCUGUCAGGACGUGGCAUGAAAUAUAUACUGGAAAAAAGGUUAGCUCUGAGAAUUAGCUGAACUGUAGACCACCUUAACUAUGUGAAAGUGCUUUCUGAAAGAACUAAGCUGAUGGGAAGCGCUGAGCUGUUCCAGCUAGGGAGUACUGUGCUGCUUUUUCCAGGUGUGAAGACAAAUGAAACAAACAAAAAAAAAAAAAAAAAACAAAAAACCAAACAAAAAACCAAACAAAAAGCUCUUUGUAUGACUGUCUUCCUUUGUUUUUUCUUAAUGAGAAAAAUAGAGGAAAAUCAAUGUAACAAUGUAACGGUGCCACGUGUAUGGCAAUGCCUUCUUGAUCUAAUGCAUAUGCAAUUUUCUAACACUACUAAUUCCUAGUGGAGUCUGGAUGUGUUCGCAGUUGGUCUGCCCUGGGUGCUGCUAGUUCUAAGGCAAAUCCUGUCGAGGAACGGUGUCGGCUGUUCCAUUUUCACAGGCUAUUUAAUAACAGACUAACCAAAUACUGGUGUGUUUCACUUUUCAUGACCUGAAAGUUGAUUUAAACUGUAGGAUGUAACUGUCUCUUCAAAGAAUUGUUUGCCUAGAGAGUUUGAAACUUAAGAGAGUCUUUACAGUGACUUUGGUGUGAAUGUGAGAGGUGUGGCAAGAACACAGAAGUCAGAUGGGCUCCAGAGCUAAACUUUAAGCCUUCAAGUAGAACUUGCUCCAUCCCUAGUAGGAGAAAUAUAAAUACAGUUAACUUAAAUUAUUAAAUUGGUGCUUAGGAUUGGUAUAUUAAGUUGAUAUUUUUUUCUUCUGAAUUUUUAGAGGUAACUCUAAGAAUCAUUAAACUGCAAUCUCUACUUCCCCCCGCCACCCUCCACCCCCUGGCUCCUUUAGCAGUUGUGAUAUAAGCAUACAGUAAUUUAGAUGAUGAUGUGAUUUUUUUUAUUUUUUUUUUCUUUUCCUAGACUUGCUGAUUUAUUGUUUUUAUGAUUUUGUUGUUGUUGUUGUUUAUUUUUGUUUCCACCCCCACCCCCUCCCCAGGUUGCUCUAAGCCAUGCAGCUCUCAUGUGGCUAUACCUGGCCAGUUACGGGAUAUCUUGGCAUUUGUUAUGCAUUUGGAAAGUACUUUUUUUACGAAGUUUGUCAGAUAGCUACAUUUUUUUCCUUAAGUGCAUAUGUUUCAUACUUUAAAAAGAUAUAGAUUUACUGACAGAUAUCCAUUUCCUAUGUACUUGUUUAUAUUUUGAUUACAUAGAAUUUUCUUUUUUAACUUGCUGCAUUGUGCUGAUAUUUUAGUUCUUAGUUAGAAUAUCAUGUUUAGAAACUUUGGAUGAGUUCAUAAGUCUUAAUUGUGCAAGCGUUUACGUGAUUGUGCCAUUCCAAAGUGCAUCAAAACUGUCAUUCCCUUACUAGUAUCUUCUCAGGAGAAAUGCUACAGAUCAGGUAUUUAGUCAUCAUUUGGAAAGAUAAAAACAAAUGGACUCCCAAAGGACAUUUAGAACAUUUAUAUAUAAAAUAUAUAAAUAUAUAUAUACACACAUAUAUAUAUAAAAAAAUAUCCUCUUGUUUACAACAGUUCCAGAAAACCUCAAAGUAGUUCCCUUCAGAUGGAGGGAGAUAUGGAUUCCAAGCAACCCAUCUGUUUAAACUGUGCUCUGUACAUAGAGUUUUACUGGAGAGCUCAAGUAUGCCUGGCUUUCAGAUUUGCCAGAUAGCAGCAAUGGAAGAUACAGGUCAACUCAUCAAAGUCCUUGGUUCCAAAUGAGGAAUAUGCUGUAGGUUUAGAAAAUAAUCUUAGUAAAGGAGAAAGGAUUUUAGAGCUAACGAGGCACAGAGCUCUCUGUCACUUUUAAGAACUCCACAUAAGCAACACAUUUCUUUUUGGAACAUCUGUCACCUGGGGUUGCCAUAUAAAGUGAGAGUUAUAGUUGUGAUAUUAUUGUGUUUGUAGUUCAGAAGACUCUACUAAUAUGCAAAAAGCCUUACAGCUUUCAAUUGCUGGCAACUACUGUUUAACAAGUAAUUAAAUCUGUGAUAAUGGAUGGAAAUGGGUGGGAUUAUGUAACUGUAGAUGUUUUAGAAAAAUAAUUGUGAAUGAAUUAUGAUUAAGAGUGUUUCAUGUGAAGAUGUUUGAGCCAUUUCUAUCUAUCAUGCAUUCCUGUCUCAAGGCAGAAAAUUUUGAAGAUUAAAAAAAAAUAAAAUAAUCAAAAUAAUCAA